AUGGCGGCGCGGCGACGGCGACGGCGGGGACGAGGCUGCGCGGACGUCAGCGCGCGCAGAGCAAGCCGGGAGCGCUACGAUAGCCGCCACGCGCCGUGCCACGCCUGCGCGCUGCCGCCCUGCGGAACUUAUUUCUCUCCCGGGUCCCAGGGUCGCGCGGAGGUUCGGGAAAGGGUGCGUGAGGCGGCGAGCCCGGGAAGUCACGUGAGACGCUUCCGGCUGCGCCGCGGGGCUAGCGGGAAACUGGCGGCGGCCGCAGCCCUGCUGGGGAGCCCCGAGACCCAGCCGUACUGCAAAGAUCACGUGAGACCGGCUGCCACACUGGCCCCUUCCAGAAGGCAGCAGCGGGCCCCCUGGGUGCUCCCCGUCCUGGGGCCCCUGGUGGGCAGGGCACUGGUGCCUGCCCUCCUCUCCCAGCUGCUGGGGGCAGAAGCCACCUCAGUGCUCAGGGAGGGGGUCAGGAGCCCCUCAGCAGGCUGGCUGAACGGACUGGUGGACUGGCCGUGUGGAGCUGGUGCAGUCUCCAUGGGGCCUGAGGAACGGGGCCGGUGCUACUGUCAUGGGCCAGGGCUGAGCCCUACACGGGGGCGGCGUACACACCAUUCUGGGCACAGCCACUGCCCAGGCUGGGACAGUGUGGACGGGCAGAUUCUGGGCCAGCUGCGCCCCCUGGCAGACGAAGAAGAGGAGGAGGAGGAGGAGGGGGCUGAGGCCGUCUGCUCCCUGGGGCCCGCCUUCCCUGAGAUGGUCUCCCAGGAGCUGCGGCUGGCCUCCUUCCAGGACUGGCCGCUGUCCUCCUCCACCUGCCCCACACAGCUGGCUGAAGCCGGCUUCUUCUACACAGGCCCUCAGGACCAGGUGAGGUGCUUCUUCUGCUGUGGGGGGCUGCAGAGCUGGGAGCGUGGGGACGACCCCUGGACUGAGCAUGCCAAGUGGUUUCCCAGGUGUGAAUUCUUGCUCCAGUCAAAAGGAACGGGCUUUGUCCGCAGUGUCCGGAGCUCAGACUCCCACCUGCUUGGGUUCUGGGACCCGUUGGAAGAACCAGGAGAUACCGCCUCCACAGGAAGCAGGAGCCCCGAGGAGCAGCUGCAGCGCCUGCAGCAGGAGCGCACCUGUAAGGUGUGCCUGGACCGCCCAGUAGGUGUGGUCUUUGUACCCUGCGGCCACCUGGUCUGCCCCGAGUGCGCCCCCAACCUGCGCAUUUGCCCCAUCUGCCGAUCACCCAUCCACAGCUGUGUCCGCACCUUCCUGUCCUAG